CGACCUGAGGCGCGGGGGGCGCCCGAGAGCCGAGGACGCCGCUCCGGAGCGGGGCGGAGCGGAGCGGAGCCGGCGGCUGCCCUCGUCUCUGGCGGGAAAAGCCUGAGGCGAUUUCCUCCCUUUUUUAAGUGUUGUGGAGUCUGAGGAUGGGAGGUCGAGACGACUAAGUCCCACUGCCCUGUGACACUGUAGCCGGGGAACUGUCGAAGUCUGUGGUAAAAGGCUGAGAUUAAACCCAGGGGCUGAAACACUCGGUGAUUACUCUGUCAGUGAGCUGCACUCCAUCCCUCAUAGGAUAAAUCCAUGGGAUAAGAAAAGAUGGCGUCCAGAGUAAAUACCAGUUUCACUUUGAUACCCAACCAGAAAUGUAAACAACGUACUAACCAUCAACCCAGCUAUUUUUGCAACACCCCAGAUUUAGAUCCUCAAUUCUUAUCUACGCUUGGAAAUUUUAAGGUCUUACCAUUGGAAAUAUUCCACAUAAUUUUAAGAUAUUUGUCAGUGAAGGAUAUUGGCAUGUUAAGCAUGGUAUCCAAAACAGUCAGCCAGCACAUAAUUAAUUAUAUCUCAACCUCAUCCGGAAGUAGAAGACUUUUAAUACAGAACUUUCAUAACCUUGAUCUGUCUGGCACAAAAGAAGAGACUCGUCUACUAGAUCACUACAGAGCUCUAGGUCUACUGUUUAAAAGAUGCACCUUGCUGCUUCCCACCAAGGACAGACUAAAGUACAUUCACAAGAUCCUCUCAGAAGUUUCCUGUUUUAAAUUCAGUGGCUGUUCGGCUCCUUUGCAAUGUGUGGGAUUACCAUGUUAUGGGAUGUUUUUACAGACCUUAACAGCGGGUUGGGAUGAACUUGAGUGCCAUCGUGUUUAUAACUACUUAUGUGAGUUGACUAAUCUCUCCCGUAAGAUGCAGACUGUUGUCUGUAACAAACCAGGAAGUUCCCGAAAACUCGAGUUAAGGAUUAGACUGUUCUGUAGGAAUGUCCUACUUGAUCACUGGACACAGCGAAGUGAUUCUGCAUUUUGGUUGACUCGAAUAUUAAAACCAUGGCCAAUGGUGAAUCAGGCAAGAUUGCUAUAUAUUAUCUUUGGACCAACAGCUCCUCAAGAUGGGCAGGUGAUUUGGCAAGAAAUGGUAGAAGGGCCCACAGACGAAUCCAGUUUGAAAGGUUUGGCUAAUGCCAUUAAGUUACUCUAUGACACAAGUACCAAGGAGUGGACAGCAGAUGAUGUUAUCAGUCUUGUAGAUGAGCUAUCAGUGGUUCCCCGGGAGUGGCUUCUGGAGAAUAAUGCACGCCUCCUAAUCCUGAGCGGGAACAACAUCUGCUUCACUUUCAUGGCCAGUAAAGCUGUGAACGGACGGGCCAUUGAGCUCGCGAGGCUCAUAGUCUUUUUGGCUUUGGUGUGUGAGAAAGAGCUAUAUUGCAUGGACUGGACAGUUAGAAUGAUGCAAAAAGUCUGCAAAGUCUUCAGCACUGCAGCAGAGAGAAAGAGCUUCCUGCAGAGCGUGGCAAAUGCUUUUGCCUGUGUCACCAUGGAAAUGCUGCAGCCUAUUAUGUCUGGAGAGCGUGAUGAAGAUGACAGAGGCUUCCUGAAUUUGUUCCAUCUUCUGCAUGCUCAGGCGAACUUCCAUAAGGAGGUGCUGUAUUUGACCAUGAAUGCCUCCUCUUCCUAAAUCAAGAAGCUUGUCACUUAAAAAUUGUGUCUGCAGACUAGCGCUUAAGAGAGUGGCACUUUUUCACAUCCAAGGGUAGCACCUGUUGGACUUUUGAUAAUCUAAUUACCAGAAACUCCAGCUGCACAGGAUUUUAGCUGUAAUUGUUUCGCUCUGAUUAGUAUAAAAUAACAGGCAAACCCAAGAAUGUGUUGCUACUUUUCUGGAAAACAAGCUCUGCCUCUCCAGAUCUUGGUAAACUCAACAUCAAACCAAAGCAGAAUGUUAACUGUCCAAGAAUCUGCAGCCAGCUCAACCUGUUUGUGUGGCUCUUUGAAGCAAGAGCUAACUUGGCUUCAUUAAGAACAGAUUCACAUUCGUUAACUUGUGCUAUCUGUUCACUUUGCACCAGCUCAGCAAAUAUGGCCCAAAUAUUUUGUGAGGAUUUGUAAUACUGUGUUUUAGAAUGUGCAUUAUGUAAGUCACAUUCCGUACCACCUUCUUAGCAUAUGGUUACAAAAUAAAUUUUAUAUUUCAUUUA